AUGUCCGUCGUCGCCGUUAAUGCCGUCCGCGCCUCUACCGACGAUUAUGUCGAGCGUACCGAUUAUCUGGCGACUGGAAGUGUUAUCGACGAAAUUGCGUGGGUAACCAGUGGAGGCAUAUCUUACCUCGAUGUCGCAGGACGUCCCAAGACCAGGGGCAUCCUCACCGUCGUUGGUGUUGUCUCUCCGUCGCGUCUUCAUGUCACCCCGGGCGGCAAUUGGAAUCCAAAGUACAACGAGUUGAAGAAGGCCAAGUUCCAGUUUACGCUCGUGCCUCCCGACCCUGAUUCUUCCUUCCACCCACACUUCGCAUUGGCCUUGGAGAAACUUCGUACUCUUCAGGGGCGAGUGGCUCAAACGACUGGUAACAGAAAAUAUCUUCUUGUCGAGGAAGAUGGCAUUCCAGGCAUUCGCUUAAACCAAGACAUGUUCGAACCACGUAGAGUGCCGAUGGUCGAGGACGGUACGGACGCUACCAUGCGUUGGCCUCUCGACGGUGCUGCCCGGGACGCCCUUGUUCAAGUGGCACCCUAUCAUUGCAUUCGCCCCUUGAUGGCCUACGAUUUCGAGGAUCGACUGGUAGACCCCCGAUUCAUGGAGAGUACGCUGGCUGGCGCAUUGGUCGAAGUUAACUUUUGGCUGCGUCACAUGUCGUUGACGGAUAAGACUGGAAAAGUAGACAUUUACACUGGCUUUGUUGAACAGAUUCGCGUUCUUCGUAAGGCGAUACAGCCUGAGCCGAGUGUUUUCCGUGCCAAUCCGUCCGCUGGGCCCAUUAUUUUCGGCAGAGCGAGAGCACCACCAUCAUCUCUUGCUCACCCCCUUACACCGCCGACCACGCCUUCUCCCGCUGCCCCAAUCGGUGCCUUGGAAACCAUCCACCACAACACCGCCUCCCCAUCUCCCGUCACCACUGUCCCCUCUGUCACAGCGAACGGUUCUCCCUCGUCUGUGCCGAUGAUCACCUCCCCUGCCCAGGCGCCUUUGACCGCAGCGCAACCACUGAUGGCAGUCCCUAACCCUGUCGCCGACGUCGCCCCAGCCAAUACUCCCACUUCCCAGUCCUUGGCACCCCCCCCUGUACAUGUCUCCGGCGAAGACAAUCCCUUCCACCACAACACCGCCUCCCCAUCUCCCGUCACCACUGUCCCUUCUGUCACAGCGAACGCAUCUCCCUCGUCGGUGCAGAUGAUCACAUCCCCUGGCCAGGCGCCUUUGAACGCAGCGCAACCACUGAUGGCAGUCCCUAACCCUGUCGCCGACGUCGCCCCAGCCAAUGCUCCCACUUCCCAGCCCUUGGCACCCCCCGCCGUACAUGUCUCCAGCGAAGACAACCCUUUGCCCCAAACACACACUCCGGUAGGACCCACAUCCGGUACUGUUCCUGUCGUGGACGGCGAUGGCCCUGUGACUGCUUCGCUCGAUGGCAACACCGACGGCCGUCAGGUUUCUUCCACCGUCACUCGUGGGGUGGUCACUCCGAACCCCGCAUUGUCGACGAGCGCCGGUGAAAUUGAGUCUGUUGUCGGCAAGGCGUCUGUUGAGACGAACACCCUCCGUGGAACACAAGCGGCACCCGUUACCCCUUCUCAAUCGCUCGACCACCUGGUCCAAACGCCAAUGGUUCAUCCCAGCCCUAUCACUCCCACAAUGACGACACCCCCCUCAGGCAAUGGUUUGCCAUCACCGUCCUACACUCUUGCACCGUCGCCCUUGCCACACGCAGUCGGGAAGGCGAACUCGAGCAUGUCGGAAUCGUUUCAGAAGUCCGGGGCGGGAUUAAAGGGAAAAGGUAAGAGGGUUGCCGACGAUACCCCAGGUGGAGAACCCAGUCGUAAGACACGCAACAUGACAGCUCGUGGUCAGUAG